GUUGUUGUUGUUGCUUUUGUUGUUGUUGACGGUAGACGGCCAGGACAGUCCCGUAAAAAUUUUCUGUCAACAUGUCGGCGUUUAAGAGAACAAAUUUUAGUAUAUAUUCAAAGACGGAAAACAAAUUAACGCCUGAUAAUCUCUAUUGGAAACAGCUUGGGGUGCCUGUGUUACUCAAAGAAUUUGGACCUGUAGACUACAUUGAUUUUUCCCCUCUUGAGCCUUAUCCCUUUGCUGUGACAUGUUCUGUUCGGGUACAAAUUUACAAUCCAAUAACAAAAACUGUCUGGAAGAACUUAUCAAGAUUUCGACAAGCAGCUUAUGGAGGUUCUUUCCGAUCAGAUGGUCGAUUGCUUUGUGCUGGAGGUGAGGAGGCUAUUGUACAAAUGUUUGAUGUGAGCACCAAAACACCACUGAGAGUUUUCAAGGGUCAUUCAGCACCUGUGCAUCGAUGUUUCUUCACCCCUGACAACAUUCACAUUUCUAGUUUUUCUGAUGAUAAAACAGUUUGUUUAUGGGACAUUCCAAGUGAAAAAGAAGUUUCAAUCUUCUCAGGACACCAGGAUUAUGUACGCGCUGGCGCUGUUACUCCAUCUACCCCUGACGCACUCCUUUCUGGUAGUUAUGACCGCUCUGUGAAGAUGUAUGACACCCGCACUAAGAGUCAGGUGAUGUCAGUGGACCAUGGUGCCCCUGUUGAAAGUGUACUGUUUCUACCAUCUGGAGGGAUAUUCCUGUCAGCUGGUGGUACUGAAAUACGUGUUUGGGAUGCAAUAGCAGGAGGAAGAUUAUUAGCCAAAAUAUCGCAGCACCAUAAAACUGUUACCUGUUUAACCUUAGCUUCAAGCAACAAGAGACUAAUGUCUUCGUCUCUCGAUCGGCAUGUAAAAAUUUACGAUGUAUCAACAUAUCAAGUAGUUCACACUCUGGACUACCCUAAUGCACUGCUCAGUGUUGCUGCUAGUGCUGAUGAUGAAACCGUUGUUGCGGGAAUGGUGGAUGGUCUAGUAUCAGUCAGUCGAAGGGAAACCAAAGUGCUCCCAAGCAGGCGAGAAAGGCAAAAAGUUUCAUACGGUCAUGUCAGUGAUCAAAGAGAGUAUCCUGCUGUAGACUUUGUUGUGCGGGAACAAGAUAAAAAUUUAAUGUCAAAAAGUGAUGUUUGUUUCCGAAAGUUCCAAUAUACAAAAGCUUUAGAUUGUGCACUUAUUCCACUUAUAUUGAGGAAUCGACCUCACAUCACUAUAUCUGUUUUUCAAGAAUUGAUGAGACGGAAAGGACUUAAACAAGCUCUUGCUGGGAGGGAUUCCAAAUCUCUUUCUACAGUCUUACGAUUCCUUGUCAAAUAUAUCACAGAUCAUCGUUACUCAAGAACUGUCUGUGAUGUGUCAAAUGUUUUACUUGAUAUUUAUGAAGAUGAUUGGGGCAAGUUUCCGCCAGAUGUGUGCAAAUUGCUGCAAGUUCUAUCAUCUCGGGCCAAGGAUGAUGUAGCUCUUACUCAAGACUUGGUUACUAUUGAAGGAAUGAUGCAAAUUCUUUUAGCUGGAUCAAGCAUUACAUCUUCAAGAACUGAGAGACCUUCAGUAAAUAAUUCAAUCCAAUCUGCAUCAACAUUGCAUCCUUCUAAAACUGCUCAAGAAACUUUUGUUGUUAAUGUUUCAUAAUUAUUGUUAAAUAUUUUUUUGUAACUGCUUGAUGGAAUAGUAACAUAAACCUGAACUGACGUC